AUGAAUAAUGCGGUUUGGGCUGCAUGGCGGGUCUCCUGCGUGGGCCUCCGCACGGUGGCUUCCCGUCCUGCCAAACUGCCCUCAUUGCGCCUGUACAGCACACGCUCAUCGCUACUUUCAUUCCCAACUCCAACGUCUCAUUUGACCGCACAGCUACCUCGAUCGCCAGCUCAUAACAUUUCUCGUCGCUUCAAGCGCACAUCUGCCAAACCAAAACCCGAAGCAAUCCUCCCUCGUGUCCCGGAUGCCGAAAUAAAAGCUAUCUUCGGACCGUCCAAGUUCAAUCCCAAACUCGGAAAUCGCAUCCUAAACACCCUGCAAGGCCACCGACUCACUGGAACUUUGGACUCGGAAUUGCCAGCUGAUAUCGUCCGUGCCGUUAAUCAGCAGCAAAUCGAUACAGCAAUGGAUUGGCUUCGGAACAGAUACCCUGUGGACGAGGACGCAGCCAUCAUCGCCCGAAUUGAGCGAGAGGACCAAGCCGAACAAGAUAAACUCAUGCGCCGAGCCGAGAGACUGGGAUUGUAUAAGCCGCAGAGUGGCUCCUACGAAGCUGAGCUAGGAGAGGAGGGUUCUCCAUAUGGCAGGAGUGUUCUGAAAGAGGCACGUGAACAGAACGAGAGGCGUUUGCUGGCUGAGCAAGAACGUAAACGUCAGGAAUGGCUUGAUGGUGAGAAAGAGGAACAAGAACGCCUGAACAGUCAGCGCAGCAAGGAUACCUCUUUGCAGCAAUAUCAAGAGAACGCACUUACCGAGGGUAUGUAUUGGAAGUCUGGUUGGAUACCUGAGCUGAUUUUUGAAACACUUAAGCCCGUCCUCGCGCGGAUCCUAAUGAACGGCCACUGCUUGCCUGGGUUCAAAAGCACCACAUCGCGGGUACUCACGAAACUGGCGAUAUUGAAAUUACUACUGUACGUUGAGCUUUCCCACCUGCGGGGUUCCCUUUGGUUAUUGACUUUGCAUCGGCAGACCCAACGUCUACUCGCUCCGAUUCUAUUCACGAUUGCAGUUCUCGGGCUUUGCUACGCCUUCUCGCAGAAGUAUGAGUUCCCCGAACGAAAGGAUCGACUCAUGCCGGAUGUUCCUCCCGCGGUAGCGACUGUUGGUGCAAUAAUUGGUGCCAAUUUGGCCGUCACUCUGCUCUGGAAAUUUGUCCCUCCUGCUUGGCGCUUGCUCAACCGUUAUUUCGUCAUCGUCCCUUAUUACCCUAGCUCGCUCGGGUUGGUUGGGAGCACAUUCAGUCAUCAAACAUGGAGACAUCUUGCAACAAAUAUGAUGGUCCUGGCUUUGAUGGGAACUAGAGUCCACGAUGAAAUCGGCCGUGGAAAUUUCCUUGCAAUCUAUUUCGCCUCCGGAGUAACGGGAUCUAUUUUCUCCCUCACGCGAAGCGUUCUUCUCGGUCACCUCGGCAUGACAUCUCUAGGCGCAAGUGCGGCCACUAGCGGCAUUGUCGCCGCGUGGUGCAUGUCUCACUUUGAUGAUAAAAUCACCAUGUGGAUUCUGCCUCACGACCUGCGCGACAAGAUCUGGACGCACGGUUGGUUCUUCCUCACAUGUUUGGUUGCAACCGAGGUCUUCAGCUUGCUAGCUCCGGCGCGCUUCUUCCGUGUGUGGCCACUUUCCCGGUUGACCAAGAUGGACCACGCUGCUCAUUUGGGUGGUUAUGUUGCUGGUGCUGGAUGUGGGUACUCGCUCAUGCAGAAGAUGAAAGCGAGGGAGCGGAAGGCAAGAGAAUCUAAAUGGUUCUAA